CCUCGGCCGCCAGGGGGCAGGGCGCGCCCAGCCCGGUCCGGCCCGUCAGGGGGCGCGCGCGCGCGCGCUCCGCCGUGGCGGAGGAAGAUGGCCGCGGCCGCUCCCGAGCAGCACAGUUCAAAUGGCCCAGUGAAGAAGUCUAUGCGGGAGAAGGCUGUGGAACGCAGGAACAUUAAUAAGGAGCACAACAGUAACUUUAAAGCGGGAUAUAUUCCUAUUGAUGAAGACCGUCUCCACAAGACAGGCUUACGUGGCAGGAAAGGCAACUUGGCCAUUUGUGUGAUUGUUCUUCUUUUUAUUUUGGCCGUCAUCAAUCUUAUUGUUACACUAGUUAUUUGGAUAGUGAUUCGAAUCGGUCCCAAUGGUUGUGACAGCAUGGAGUUCCAUGAGAGUGGCUUGUUGCGGUUUAAGCAAGUUUCUGACAUGGGCGUUAUACAUCCAUUAUAUAAAAGCACUGUAGGAGGCAGACGUAAUGAAGACUUGGUGAUCACUGGAAAUAAUCAGCCUAUUGUAUUUCAGCAAGGAACAACCAAGCUCAGUGUGGAAAAAGACAAAACUUCUAUUACCAGUGAUAUUGGCAUGGAAUUUGUUGACCCACGAACACAAAAUACGUUGUUCAGCACAGACUAUGAAACUCAUGAGUUCCAUCUGCCGAAUGGAGUUAAAAUCUUGAAUGUACAAAAGGCCUCUACAGAGAGGAUUACCAGCAAUGCAACCAGUGAUCUAAACAUAAAGGUUGAUGGCCGUGCAAUUGUCCGUGGAAACGAAGGUGUUUUCAUCACAGGCAAGACCAUUGAGUUUCGAAUGGGGGGUAACAUGGAACUUAAAGCAGAAAACAGUAUUAUCCUGAAUGGAACUGUGAUGGUCAGCCCAUCGCGACUGCCAAGUUCUUCUUACGGAGAACAGUUUAAUAACGGCAACUGGCUGCGUUUCAAGCUCUGUAUGUGUGCGGAUGGAACCCUGUUCAAGGUUCAGGUCACAGGUUCUAACAUGGGUUGUCAGACUUCAGUCAAUCCAUGUGGAGCCACGCACUAAACCACAAAUCACUGCCAGGAGAGUUCUCUUUUGUGUUUACAUGUAUUUGUAUGAAGUAAUUGCAUGCCUUCAAGGAUUUCUGGUUUUACAAAAGUUUAUACUAAUAUUUAUUACACAAUAUUUUUAAGCAAAGGCUGUUACAUUUCACAGUAUUAUGCAUAAUCCUGUCAGCUGUAAUAGUGGCACAAAUUUAGUAUGCUUUCAGUCUACAUGCACACUGAAAUACCUUCCUGAAUUGGGAUCAGUAGAAUAUAUUUAAAGAACGUGAUCAUGGCUACAAUCUUGACUGCCUUCAGUGGCUUUAAAGGAGGUUUUUGUCCUACAUCCCAAGACCUUGAGCGCUGCUGAGAACACAACUGCAGUCUGAAGUACUUCAACAGGAAUGUCAGUUUGUGGAAGUGGAUUUGCCUAAGAUAGCUGAAGCAGCAAAUCUUUGUCUUCUCUUUAUUUCUUGCCAGGGGUUUAUAUAACAAUUUACCCCAAAAUUAUGUGGUUUACCAUACGUGUACUAAGUGAGGGGUAAUGGCAGAUUCUCUUUGAAAUAUUGCAUUAUUCUCAUGCAGUUCAAGAAAUAAUUAGCACAAGUAAUAUUUGCUAAUUAAUAUCAAGUGUGGAAAUAUAACUUCAAAUUUGAAAUAGUCUUGCAGUUAUUGAAGUGUUGCUUGAGCUCCCAUUCUGUCUGUGCAGUUUAGGGAUUCUACAGUUGCUUAAUUAUAUGAAGUAUUUAUAAAAUGUGCUUAUAUUAGAAGUAAAUUUUAAAAGAUGUACUUCUAACUUACUAAUCACCCAAAAAAAGUAUUUUCCUGUGUGCUUUAAUGUGAAUAGUGUAUGAAAUCAUUAUUCAAUGGGUAAUAAUCUGAACCAUGACUGUAAGCAGCAGUGUCUGAGAUCAGUUCUCUUUUUCCCCAUAAAUUGAGACUCUUAGAAUUAAAUCCUGAAUUUAAACUGCAGACCUAUAGUUGUAAAUGUGAUGGUAUGGAAUCCUGUGACAGGAGAGUAAGUACGCACGUGUGAAUUUGUCAACAGUGAAACCAUGUCUGUGGUGAACUGCGACCUUAUAGAAACUACUUCAGCCUACUACUGCUACAGCUGUUUUCAGAGGCAAGGUGUUCUGUACCAAAACAAGACUAGGUCAUUACAAGUUUCCCACUCCUCCCUCCCAAAGUAUUUUCUUCAAUUAAAAAUAGUUGUUUUGCAGUAACAUCAAAUAACUUUCAAAAUGGAGGCCACAAAGAUGUCUUUGCAAGUAGGUUUUUGACAAGUUUUUCUAGAUAAGCACACACUUCCCUUCCUAAAAGCUGUGCAAAUGUUAAUGAGUAACUUCAGAACUGGUCAGUUGUUAUGGGAGGAUAAAUGCCUUGUUUUAUGUCUCUCAGUCAUAGAAGUCCACAAAAUACAAAUCAGCUCAUCCUGCAACAGGAACGUUGUAUCUAAGGACCCAGUUGCUACAUUCACUAAAAGUCAGUAAGUCAUAGUGAGUAGAAGUGAUUUCUAGAGGGGGAUCCUUGGGUUGGCAUUGUACCACAUAGGAGGUCAGAGGGGUCACAUUUCCCUCACUGCUCUAAGGCAAAGCUGGAUAUUGAUGCUCUGUAGUUGUUGGGGUUUGGAGGGGUGGACAGCAGUGGAGCUGAAUAAACAGAAUGAAACGUAGCAAAAGCCAUUAAAUUGCUCACAUUAAAGGUUAUGGGAAAGUACUAACAUUUUGCAUACUGCCUUCAUAAACUUCCUAGUUUUACCACACUUUAUAUUUAUUAACCACUUAAACACACAUUUUGUUGAAAACUUGCACCCAUUUUUGCUGUUAAGUAGUGUCCCAAUUAGUAUCAAUCUGUUACAGCUAAGAGGAGGAAAUAAACUGUAAUAUUUUUAGAAUUAUCACUCAUGCUAAUGGAAGUCUGUCAUUUUAUUUUUAUAUAUAAAUACACACAUAGAUAUAAAAAUAUAAGCAGCAGUAUUCUUGACUUGCAGCGGAAAUAGAUCUUGAAAAUGACAGAUACUGCCUCGGUUAAGUAGAACCUACACAAAGCACCUAUUAAACCUCUUGGGUUCAUGGCCAUAUGCUAGUACUGGAUUCCUGAAAUUAUCAAGUGUUCUGUUUAAAAUGCUGCAUGCAAUGUAGCUGAUAGGUUGGUCACAAAGGUACUCUGAAAUUAUGGUCUGGAGGAUCGGCUUUGAAGUGUAGAUCUAGUAGCAAAACUGAUCGUACAAAUACCAAAUGAAAUAUAUCACCAAUUUGUUAGCCACUAGGUAUUGUUCAUAUAUUUUGUUGCCUUCACUGCACAGUUUGAGAAGUGUUGGUACUGCAUGCCCUAUGUAGUGCAUUGAUUUGUUGUUUUUCUUCUAACUACCAAGGGUACAUUUUUCUGCAUGUAUUUAAAACAUUGUGUGGCACUUUAUUUAUUUCAGUCCCUGCAUAAAGGUGGUGGUUGUUUCAAUAGGUUAAAGACAA